GUUAAAUAAAUAUAUUUAAUAAUAUCAAUUUUUUAUAACUUUUACAAAUAUAAAUGGAAAUAUAAUAGACAAGUUGUGGGUUGGCAAGUUGGAAAAUCAAAUUAUUGCACUUAUUUAUAAACAAAGGUUAGUAUAAUGGAAAAAAAAAGAUGAAACUUUGAAAGAAAAUUCAAAUAUAUUUAAAAGAUUGUACAUGCAUGAUAAAUAUUUUUAUUUCAUAUGCAUAAAGUAUGACCAAAGUUUUCACUCUUAAACAAAAAACAACUAAUAGGAAGAAAAUCCGAUAUUCAUUUCUCAAUGUUACUUUACAAUGGCUUGAGAGUCGAACACCCAACCACAAGGUUAGGAGGUGGGAGCUCCAACCAUUGAACUCCCACAUGAUUCUCUUGACAACAUAAAAUAGUAAAUAAAUAUAUUUUUCAAAAUCAGCUUUAUAAAAAUUACCAAUUCACCAUUUUUCCAACUAUUUAACUAGAAAAAGCCACAGGCCAAUAAAAACGUCAUUUACCAAACACUCAAAAGCAAAUUUGGUUUAUAACACAACUUUUUAUGCCCAUUAAAUUUCUAAAAAAAAAAACUUGUCGGAAAAGAAAGCAAACAAACAAACAAAAAAAAAAGCUCAAAUUUUAUAUUCAUGGUGCACCGACCCAUUCCACCCAUACGUGGGCAGAGAGAUUAAAUGCUUAAAUAUGAAAUGUGCAUUCUGUCAGUCUCCGACUCGUGUUCAAUUUCAACACCUCUCCCUUUCUGAUUUCAUCAAUUUUCUCUCUCCUACCUUUUUCCCAAACAAAACAAGUAUCCUAAGAAACACCUCCAAACAUCAUCAAAAGCAUUAAGCACCCAAUCUAACGAAUCAUUUCAAUUUCCUCUUUACAAACAUCAAACAUCUUAUUAAUUUCAUACUACAAUUAACCACAUCAUAAAUAUUCCCCAAACUUUAUCUCUCAUCUCAUUCAAUUUUUAUCCAUUUUCGAUUCAACAAAUCUUAUCACUUUUAGCUUUGCAUGAGAUUUCUGACAAUUUUGUGCGAAUUCUGAGCUCUUCUUCUAUGGCGAUUUCGGAUUCGCCUGAGACGAUCGGUGUUACCACGGCGACUGAUCAUGGCGAAUCCGUUCGUAGGCGACCGAUUAGUGCACCAGCUGGUAAUGGUAAAGCUUCUACAUCUUCAUCUUCAAUGGCGGAAGAAUUGGAGGAUUUCAAGAAUGUCUCCAAUGGCGGUGAUGUUGACAGGAUUGUUGAUAAUAAUGAACGGAUUUAUUCUGAAAAUGUGAGCGGUGAAGGUGAAGGUGAAGAGAGAGUUGUCAAUGGUGGAGGAGCUCAAAACUCUGAGAAUGCGAUUCGGUACUCGUAUCGACCGUCGUCUCCCGCUCAUUUGAAGGUUAAGGAGAGUCCUCUUAGCUCUGACGCCAUUUUCAGACAGAGUCAUGCUGGUCUCUUCAAUCUUUGUGUAGUGGUACUUGUUGCUGUGAACAGCCGGCUUAUCAUUGAAAAUCUCAUGAAGUAUGGUUUGCUCAUAAGAGCUGGUUUCUGGUUUAGCUCAAAGUCACUAAGGGAUUGGCCUCUUUUCAUGUGCUGUCUUUCUCUCCCAGUUUUUCCAUUGGCUGCUUUCUUCGUAGAAAAGUUGGCACAAAGAAGGCGCAUAUCUGAUCCGGUGGUUGUCCUACUUCAUAUAUUGAUUGCCACAAUUACAAUCUUGUAUCCAGUUUUUGUAAUACUCAGGUGCGAUUCUGCUGUUCUUUUUGGUGUCACAUUGAUGCUUUUUGCUUGCACCAUGUGGUUAAAGUUGGUAUCAUAUGCACAUACAAAUUAUGAUAUGAGAGCAAUUGCCAAAGCAUCUAUUAAGGAUGAUGAACUAGAUAUGGAACUUCCUUAUGAUGUCAACUUCGACAGUUUGGUGUACUUCAUGGUUGCUCCCACGCUAUGUUACCAGCCAAGUUAUCCUAAUACUGCAUGUAUUCGAAAAGGAUGGGUGGCUCGACAAGUAUUGAAAUUGGUGAUAUUUACUGGAUUAAUGGGGUUCAUCGUAGAGCAAUAUAUCAAUCCAAUUGUACAAAAUUCACAGCAUCCACUGAAAGGAAACUUGUUGUAUGCAAUAGAAAGAGUUUUGAAGCUCUCAGUCCCGAAUUUGUACGUGUGGCUGUGCAUGUUCUAUUGCUUUUUCCACCUCUGGUUGAACAUAUUGGCUGAGCUUCUUAAGUUUGGAGACCGUGAGUUUUACAAAGAUUGGUGGAAUGCAAGAACAUUCGAAGAGUAUUGGAGGAUGUGGAAUAUGCCUGUACAUAAAUGGAUGGUUCGCCAUGUAUACUUUCCUUGCUUGCGCAAUGGAAUACCGAAGGGAGUUGCAGUGUUGAUUGCUUUCCUCAUAUCUGCCAUAUUUCAUGAGAUCUUCAUCUUUCAAAACUUCUUUGGCUGAUCGAAAGAGGUCUCCACCAUUGUGACAUCUAUCUGGACGUGAACCUUGUUGAGUGGACUCCAAAUCUUGGAAAUAGUUCUGAAACUUCUUAUAAUGGAGUUUCUACUUGCAAUCCUGCUAUUUAUGAUCUGAAAGCACAAAUUGACUCUGAACAAUUUUUUAAGAGAUCCUAAAUGAAUUCAGACUAAGACUGCUUUCUAAAGUAAUAUUAAAAUGCUGAGGGGAAGAAGACAUGCUUGAACUUUGUAUGAAUGAUGUACUCAUGACAAGGUACUCUUAUAGUCUUAUGGAUUCCAUAUAAAUGCCAAUGUUUCGGCCUACUCUUUUAUCUAGUAAUAUAAUUUUACUACUCUCCCUGGCUUUCUCCCACAUGGCAACGUUCCAAGUUCGAAAAAUAAGAAAAGUGAGGAAGUGUGGUUGUUAUUUAAUAUCUAGUAAAAUAGUAGGAUAGUGACGUGUCAUUAGCCUUCUGCAUUAAGUGUGGCUCAGUUUACUUAUGAGAAAGGUAUAAAGACUGAAUCAGUAAUGCUGUGUGGGUAAUUUUGUGUCAAGACAUUUGCCGAAACAUCAAGUUACAUCUAACAGGCUCACAUUUUAAUGCUAUAGAUAUGGGCUUCUCUGUUGCAUCUUUUGAUUUUUUUGAUCUGAAUAUGCAUUUACAUCUACUUCUUUGAACUCUCUCUUCUUAAAUCAUUUCCAGCUCUCUAGUUUGUAUCUUGAGAAACCAUGAUCUUGAUAUUAUAAUCUUGUUUUCCUGCUGUGUCUGUAUUUGAUUUUAAUUUUUUUUUGCAGCUAUGCAUUGCUGUCCCUUGCCAUAUCUUCAAA